GGGAGAAGGGCUAGCUGCCUGAGAGGAAGCCAGGCCCCACAGCCUGGUCUUUCCAGGAUCCGGCAGUGCCGAAUCUAGCUGCAAAACUAGCAGCGAACACAGGGCGUCGCCCCCCUUCCCAGGCAGAGGACUCAAGUGACCCAUGUUCCCAACGCUUCGGGUGCUGCAGCUCCUUCUGCGCCGGGCGGUGGCGAGGGAGGAGGGACGGGAGGAGGAGCCGGAGCUGGAGCCAGAGCCGCAGCAGCAGCCACAGGCCGGAAUUGUUUCCUGGGCUAAGCGCAGCAAGCUGGGAAAGCGUUUCCGGAAGGCUGGUUACAUCCCGCAGCUGAUUUUGGACGCCUCUGGCGUGGGCGAGAGGAGGGAGCAGCCCCAGCGGCGGGAGGCGCAGGGUUCAAUAUUUCGAUUUUGUACUUUGAAAACUGCUGACAGCGUCUGGUAAUGUGCUGACUGGCACUAUGGGCAGGCGAUACCCAGGGGCUCACUAUCGUCCAAGCAGCUCAUUUGACUCCAGUGUGGACGCGUUGGCUGUGUUUAUGGCAAGCAAUAGCACAACAGACGUUGUGAAUCGCAAUAAUCCUGCCACUCCCCCAAAUACUCUUAACCUACGCUCCUCCCAUAAUGAACUAUUGAAUGCGGAAAUAAAGCAUACAGAAACAAGGAACAGCACUCCCCCAAAAUGCAGGAAAAAAUAUGCAUUAACUAACAUUCAGACAGCCAUGGGCCUUUCGGAUCCAGCAGCACAGCCCCUUCUGGGGAACAACUCUGCCAAUAUAAAGCUGGUGAAGAAUGGAGAAAAUCAGCUUAGAAAAGCAGCAGAACAGGGGCAACAGGAUCCCAACAAAAAUCUCACUACGACUGCAGGCAUAAACAUAACUUCUGAGAAGUUAGAAGGUAAAGAGCCUACCCCUCAGGAUUCUGCAGGCUGUGAAAUAUUCUCCUCUCAACCUAGGAGGACCAAGAGCUUCCUAAAUUACUAUGCAGAUCUGGAAACAUCAGCCAGGGAACUAGAACAGAAUUUUGGGAACAGCCAUGUAGUGAUGGAGGAGAAAGCGGCACAAAGUAACAGCCAGGCUUCUACCAUGAUUGUCAAUGGGGAUGUGUUGCCUCAGAAACAAAACAAGCUGUCCAGUCCAGAAGAUGGCCAAGUAGCCACUGUGUCAUCAAGUCCUGAGACUAAGAAGGACCAUCCUAAAACUGGAGCCAAAACAGAUUGUGCAUUACAUCGGAUUCAAAAUCUGGCUCCAAGUGAUGAAGACUCCAGCUGGACGACAUUAUCGCAGGACAGUGCUUCUCCAAGUUCACCUGAUGAAACAGCAGAUAUAUGGAGUGAUCACUCAUUUCAGACCGACCCCGACUUGCCACCUGGCUGGAAAAAAAUCAAUGACAUUGCUGGGACCUAUUAUUGGCACAUACCAACAGGAACAACCCAGUGGGAAUGUCCUGUCUCCAUACCAACAGAUCUUCAGAGCUCAAGGAAAGGAUCACUUAAUUCUAUUACCCCAUCUCCUACCCCAGAAACUGAGAAACAGCCAUGGAGUGAUUUUGCUGUACUGAAUGGGGGAAAGAUUAAUAGUGACAUUUGGAAGGACCUUCAUGCAGCCACAGUGAAUCCAGACCCCAGUCUAAAAGAAUUUGAGGGAGCAACGUUACGCUAUGCGUCUUUGAAGCUCAGAAAUGCUCCUCGGUCAAAUGAAGAUGAUUCCUGUAGCAUCAACAGUGAUCCAGAAGCCAAGUGCUUUGCUGUGCGCUCUUUGGGCUGGGUAGAAAUGGCAGAAGAAGAUCUAGCUCCUGGAAAAAGCAGUGUUGCUGUGAACAAUUGCAUCAGACAACUGUCUUACUGUAAAAAUGAUAUCAGAGACACAGUUGGCAUAUGGGGAGAGGGAAAAGACAUGUACCUUAUACUGGAGAACGACAUGCUAAAUUUGGUUGACCCCAUGGAUCACACCAUUCUUCAUUCUCAGCCUAUUGUGAGCAUCAGAGUCUGGGGAGUGGGUCGUGACAAUGGACGAGAGAGAGACUUUGCUUAUGUAGCAAGAGACAAAGACACAAGGAUUUUGAAAUGUCACGUCUUUCGAUGUGAUACACCUGCGAAAGCCAUCGCAACAAGUCUGCACGAAAUCUGUUCUAAGAUUAUGGCUGAACGGAAGAAUGCUAAAGCUGUGGCUUGCAGCUCUUUACAAGAGCGGACUAAUGUCACCCUGGAUGUUCCCCUGCAAGUAGAUUUCCCAACACCAAAGACCGAGCUGGUACAGAAGUUCCACGUCCAGUACUUGGGCAUGUUACCUGUAGUUAAACCAGUGGGUAUGGAUACGCUGAACAGUGCCAUAGAAAACCUCAUGGCUUCCUCUAGCAAAGAGGAGUGGAUGCCAGUUACCAUGAAUGUUGCUGAUGCUACUGUGACGGUCAUCAAUGAAAGAAAUGAAGAACAAAUCAUGGUGGAAUGUCGUGUUCGGUUCCUGUCCUUUAUGGGAGUGGGCAAGGAUGCCCAUACAUUUGCCUUCAUUAUGGAUACAGGGAACCAGCAUUUUGAAUCCCAUGUUUUUUGGUGUGAACCAAAUGCAGGCAAUGUAUCAGAAGCUGUUCAGGCUGCGUGUAUGUUACGGUAUCAGAAGUGCUUGGUAGCCAGACCUCCUUCACAGAAAGUUCGACCACCCCCUCCUCCUGCAGACUCGAUGACCAGAAGAGUCACAACUAAUGUCAAACGCGGAGUCUUGUCCCUUAUUGACACUUUAAAACAGAAACGCCCUGUUUCUGAGAUGCCAUAGCUGCCCAAGGGAAAGGAUUCUUGUAACACUUAAUUGAAGAUACAGUAGCUACGCUAAAGAAAAUGAACUGAUGAUGUUCAACCUUCCAUUUUAAAUUGCUGAUGCUUUGUCUUCACAGAAUUUAUCCUUAUCAAAACAAUGUUAGACAAGCAUGUUCUCUCGUUCUUGCCAUCAUCAUGUGAUAUGAAAAGACGCAUGAAUAAUUUUUUUUGCUGUCAAUGAGUUACAUCAUGAGCAGUGGAAGGUCUAUUUCUGAUUGUAAAUAUUCUGAACAUUACCUAAAUUCACACCCAAAAAGAAUAUGGCCACGUCCCUCCUAGUGAACUAAUAUUAAAGUCCUUGGAGUGAUUGAUGCCUGAAUUAUAGUUCACCAUCUUCUUGAGCUGGAUUUGUCACAAGCAACCCUUAAAUCCUACAGCACUUUGCCCUGUUUUCAACACUGGAGUAGGUACCACGUAUUAGUUACCAUUAAAUUACUGUAGUAUAAAUACCAAGUUUUAUUUUUUCAAAGCUGCACCUGUUAGUUUUUAAAAGCGCGUUGGCAUUGGUUUAGGAACCACUUUACAAUUUUGCCUGACACGCUUUUGAACCAUGGUCACCAUAUUUCAUUUACUGUUUAUAUAUUAUGAUUUGGAGAAGAAAAGCUUUGAGUAAUUCAGAGCAGGAUGCAUCAGCUUUAGCCUUUUGCCCUAAAAUAGAGAACUGCAUUGGGGGGCUGUUAAAUCUAUUCUCCAAAAUCCUACAGGGUGCAACAAAAAUAGGAUUUAUUUAACUGUGGGCUCCUACCAUCUAUAAUUAAGAGAGGGACCUACUCAGAACUGUUAAAUAUGGCACAAACUAGAAAGCUACACAUUUUCCCUGUAUUACUCCUUGUGAGUGCAAACUUUCAAUUGAAGGCCCGAUCCCAGUUCUUUCAUUUGGAGUUUGGUGUUGAGUUAAUAUUUACAUGAGAUGCAAAAGGACUAUCACGUUUUUGUUGUGCAGACCUGUUCUCAUUUAUACCAUGAUGAAGUUUCAUUUUACUUUAAUGCCCUUUCUGUAGCAGCUCUCAACAAAGGAAUGAUACAGCUGUUCUCUGAUAUGAUGGAGCUGCAUGUGGGGUAACCCGAUUUCAGUGCUUUUGCUCCAAAAGCUCCAGCUAGCUGUAAAUUCCUUGGAAGCAAACUAUGCAGUAUUGCCCCUUACAAGCGUACAUUGUGCUAACCUUUGAAUGCACUUAUAUGCUUCGCUUUUUCUUUGUUUUUUCCCCUUGCCCUCUGUCUUAUUACAACUGCAGGUUGGUACAUACAAUAGAAAUGGAACAAUGCAGAUGUUUUUACCAGUGUUAAAAUUUUACUGCCUCCAUUUUAGACGUCUACUCGGAAGCUGAACCAUCUGGGUAUGCUGACACUGUACUUCUAAAGGGACAUUGUCAAGGUAGCUAGGCCCAGAAUUUUGACCUGCUUUCUCUCACUAGGGGCUUCUGUUUUAAAUGAAUGGUUGCAUAUUUUCUUUUUUUUUUUAAAUUUUUCGCAGUUGCUACCCAUGAGCUGCCCCAGUAACAAACAAAUCAGGCUGUGGAUGCAAGGGCCAAAGCAAUGAUGAUCAAAAGCUUUCAGCUUUGAGUUUGUAAAGGAAUUCUGGACAGCUGUAACAAAAAUUAAAAUGAACUGGCAAAUGAAGGGCUGAUGCUCUGCUGGUGUAAAGAGAUGCAGCUCCAUGGACACCAGCUGCGCAGCCAGUGCCCUGAAAUCCUCUGUUGUGCUACAGUACCUAACAGGAACCUACAAUGGGGCUCUGACCUGGCUGAGGCCUCUAAGCACUACUGUAAUAUAGAGAAUAAUACAACCCACUAGCAUACACUCAGCUAAAACACUUGCCUGUGGUCCCAAUUCAGCAAGGUAUUUAAGCAUGUGCCUGAUUUUUUAAACCCAUGUUUAAAAUUACCAAAUGCUUAAGUCCCAACACAGCAAGGUAUUUAUGAACCUAAACCCUGUUCAGAGAACCAGGCUACAAGAAGAAACUUGCAUUCACAUUCACUCCAUUGUCUCUCUGGGUUCCAGUAGUGGUAAUCUCAGUGGUUUCCACUGGGAACUGGGCUGACACCAUUUUUUCCCCACAGUGGUUAUCAGCAGCCAUCAGAUGGUAACCCCACCUAGCCACCAUCACCCUGGAUCAUAUUAAAAUCACUGACCUAGAGACGUAAGAUGCCAUAUUCAUUAUCACUCCCCAGACUCAGCCAGUUAUCUGUUUGAUUUUUAAUUACAGCAAAUACCUUGACAGUGUCCUUUUAAAGUUCCAGUUUGAAACUUUCCCAGGAUUCAGAUUUGCAAUGAGUUUUAAAUAGUCUAAAUACAUUCCAUAGGAGAUCCACUGCAUCUGUGUGAUGCUGCUGCCCCAUGAUGGCAGACCAGGACCUCCCUUUGUAAUUAAACAGUCAUGUUACAAAGCUGUUGUUUUUAUUCACUACUUGGUGUGGUUCGGUUUCCUGUUGUCAGGACCAUGAGUACUUAGCUUGCUUUCGGCAGCAAAGCACAUAAAGAGAGUGAGGGAUGCAGUUGCAGUAGGUAUUGAAAAGACAAUGGAUAGGAAUGUAUUGAAAAGUCACAGAUCAUCUGCGGAUAUUUUGUUUUUUAAAUACUUUUGCUUAUUUUACCAAAAUACUGAUUAAGACUUUGAUUCUGCAAACACUUGGGUAUGUGCUUUAUAAGCACAUUAGUCUCACUGACUUCAACAGGAUGACUCAUGCUCUUACAGGUUAUGCACAUACCCAAGUGUUUGCAGGAUCAAGGCCUAAUUUUGUAAAACCAAUUAUAUUAAAACACUAUGUUGACUUACGUUCUGCCCUGGCCAAAAAUUAUGGCUGGUGCAUGCAUGAGAGCAAAUGCCAUUGUUUUACCCAAUGUUGUAGUGACACUUCAGUUACCUAUGCAUUCUUUGUAUCUAGUGAUUCUGUAAGUAGGCACACACUAUGCCUUGUAUGUCUCAUGUCAUUUUGAAUUAACCUGUUAAAUACAGCUUAAAAUAUUUUUAUUUUAUUUAUUCUAUUUUUACUGAACUAGCCUGCAUUCUGAUGUUGAUGUACUAUCUUUACUGGACAUAAUCUCACAACAUAUCCAGUGCUAAGUAAUCUCCGUGUACUAUAGGUUGCCUAAAAAGGUGGGUUUUGUAAUUAUUUGUAGUCACAUUUUUAUUGGAGUAUGUAGAAGAAAUGGCAAAACAAUGUGUAAAGCUAAUUUCUCUUAUUUUAUAAAUGCAAGUGGUAAGUUAGAGGCAGAUAUCCCAGGCCACCUGAUUAAUAUGCUCCAUUGCAGAAGCAAGGAGAUUUAUAGCCACAGCCCAUGUCUAUAGUUUAAAGCCUUUCCUUUGAGUUGCUGCAAUUUUUAGUUUUUAUUUAAACCACUUAUGAUUUCAUUUGGAAAAAAAAAAAGGUGUUGUAAGGAUAUAAGAACCACCUGCAGAUUGCAUGAAAGGACAUUGAUCCCACUUCCUGUAUAAUGAGUUCUUAGUGAUAAACUUUGUGUAAAGAGCUACCUGUACCUUUUC